AUGUUUUCUCGGGUUUCGAUAGGCCUGACUUGCUUGAUGCAGCUAUGCGGAACAGUCGCGUUACCAACUGAGCAAAGACCAUUAUUACUCAACGGUCCCAAGAACGUCCAGGCUGUUCGAACCAAACUCCAACACGCUGAGAUAAUUCCUACGGUCAUUGACGAUUUCCUACCUAGCCUUACACUCUCCGUUCUCUGGUCAGAUGCCAAGGCCAAACUCGGCAACACAAUCGAUCCAGAAGAUCUUCAAGAACAACCCAGCGUCGUCCUUCACGAUGACACGAGCCCCAAUGGAAUACACAGCAUGUCUGACAUGAGCUACGUCGUCACACUUACAGAUCCGGACGCGCCGUCCCGCGACAACCCAAAGUGGAGUGAGAUGUGCCACUGGAUUGCUUCCAACGUCACUAUUGCGCCAAACACAUUCUCGAUCCUACCCCUACCAGAAUUCGGCCUCACUGAACAAACCGAGUCGACUGAUGGCGGUCCGGAAGACGUAAUCGAGUACAAGCCUCCUGGUCCACCGCCAAAGACGGGCAAGCAUCGCUAUGUGUUCCUUGUCUUUGUGCCCAAGAAUGGAACGACUGAACAGCUGCAUCUGAGUAAGCCGGAGGACCGUCAGCAUUGGGGUACUGGAAAGGAGGGUGGUGGCGUGCGAGAGUGGGCUGAGCACAAUGCUCUGGUGCCUGUUGCUGCCAACUUCAUCUACUCGCAGAACGAUAAGCAGUAG